GGGCCGCUCACACCGGCGGUGGCGGCGGCGGCGGCGGGGCCAUGAAGGUGAAGAAGAGCGGUGGGGCCGGGGCGGCGGCGGCAGCUCGUACCGAGGAGGAGCUGGGCCGUAAGGCGCUCAUCGGGCCCGAUGAUGUGCUGGGGCUGCAGCGGGUCACCAGCGAUUAUUUGUGUACUCCAGAGGAAAAUGUUUACAAGAUAGACUUCACCAGGUUCAAAAUCCGGGACAUGGAGUCUGGCACAGUCUUGUUUGAGAUCACCAAACCGGCAGCCUCAGAACGUGAACACAAUGACAAGAAGGACAUUGACCCCAAUGCUGGACGGUUUGUGCGUUACCAGUUCACUCCUGCUUUUCUUAGACUUCGGCAAGUGGGAGCCACGGUGGAAUUCACAGUAGGGGACAAGCCCAUCAAUAACUUCCGCAUGAUCGAGAGGCACUACUUCCGGGAUCAGUUGCUGAAGAGCUUUGAUUUCGAGUUUGGGUUCUGCAUCCCCAGCAGUAAGAACACUUGUGAGCACAUCUAUGAGUUUCCCCAGCUCUCUGAGGAUCUCAUUCGCGAGAUGAUCCUUCAUCCCUACGAGACACAGUCGGACAGUUUCUACUUUGUAGACAACAAGCUGGUGAUGCACAACAAGGCAGAUUAUUCCUACAGCGGAGGACCUUAAGCACAGGGUGGACAGCAGACCCAUGCUGGCCUUCCCUUCCUAGUGAAGUCGUCAGGGAUACCAACACCUUCAGUUCCGUUGCCUACAAUGUCAAGUGGAGAAGGACCAAACCAAGGACUCUUGGCCACAGUAGGAGUUUCAUGACUAAAUUCGUCAGUCUCGUCUUUUUCUUUCCUUUGAGCUCUGAAACAGACCCAAUUCUUCAGAACUUUAAGGGGUUCUACAAUGCUAAAUGGUCUUUGGAUACCACUUCCCUAAGUUCUUCAAGUGUCUGCUUUGAAAACGGCCUUGUGGGACCUGGGGAUGUUGCCCCAAAUCCUGCGGAUUGGUGUUCCUGCCCUCCACUGUCUUUUAGGACGUUCUGAAAGACCAGAGUCUGAGAAACCACAAGAGUGGAGGGAUGCAAAUGCAGAGUUUCAUUUGUGUCUCUUUGUGAAUCCUUCAAAGGCACGGCCAAUUUAACUUGUCCAUCCAGCUGCACAUGUCGAGCCUAAUGUCUUAUGAAAGCAAGCUUCACCUUUAGGUUAGCUCUCUGCAUAAGUGUCUCAUCCUUUAGUUUUGUUCCUUCCAUGGCAUGUUCUGUUUAAUCUUGGGAACACUGAAACUCGCAGUGAAGACCAUCAAGUAGUUCAGUGUCAGAGCUGGUGCUGUCCUUUUACAUUUCAGGUGAAGGCAAAAUAGCUUUGAGGGUCUAUGAACUUCCAUUAGGUGUUUUUUUGCAAACUGAUUGCAGAAUAAUCAGGAUAAGUGGAAAGAUUUUGGCUUUCUUAACAUUUUUUUUGCAUAGCUAAUAUUCAGCCUGCUCCUGAUGUAUGUUUUCAAUGUCUAAUCUCUGCUCAGUCCUCAGAUAAGGGCUUGAACACUGCUUGUUAGAGCAACUCUUUCAUUUGUCUAGAGCAGUUGGAGAGUGUUAGGAUUUCCAAUUUUCCAUUUCUGCCUGAAAUGGAAGGAUGCUGUGAUGUUGUUUUUCCCUUGUUAAAAACUUUUCCCAUUGGAUAUUAAUAGAGGCAAAACAGUAAGUCUGAUCACUAAGUAGGACUUUAAGGCUCAGCAAAGCUUUAGAGCUUUCCCUUCAGACUCUGCUAGAAGCUGAAGAUGAAUUUUGCCCAAGUUUCUCAGAGUGUGCUUCUUGGAAAGACAGAAGUGCAGAGAAGUAGCAAUAUCAAAAUAGCAAUCUAGUGUAUGCAAACCAAAACCUGAGGGGGCUGGCUGGGGCAGCCUCUUGUCAUGAAACCCUUACUCUAGAGGUCAGCUUGCUGAUAACUUUGAAAAAUGAAAUAAAAUGGAAUAAAAGGCAGUUGCAGUUUGUAGAUAACUCUAUAAAUACUUGGUGUCUCCAUGUCUAAUUCUGUGAGUUGAAGUGGAACAUUGUGUGUUUAGCCUCAGAUAGGUGUGGUUGUAAUAACUUCUCUAAGCUAACCAUUCUCAGUCAUGGUGAGCAUCUCUCUAGUUCACAGCCCAAGUCAACCAGAGCUAAGAACGGUUCCAGAUGAGACCAUCUGCCUAAAAGCAGGGCGGGUGGUUGUGCUCUUCUGGGGGUUGUGAUCACUAUUAAGUGUGUUCCCAUUUUUGUGCUAGGCUUGGCUUUCUGUACUUCUGGAAGAGAAUUCUGUUUUCUAAAGACAAUGCAAUGAGCUUAGGUUACAGCACAGAGUUUUUUAAUCAGAUUGAUAGCUAAGGAAGUACGUGAAGUUCACUGCUCUCACACAAUAGUACCUUGUAGUCAUUAUUGUCACAAUGAGACUUGUAUUUAUCACUAUUUUUUGUCACUAGCCUAUUAAAUCAUGCAAUUAGCCUACGGCUGACUUACCUUUUGAGAGUUGCAAAGAAUUUCUUCAUUAUUUGGACGAUGUUUUGAGCUACUGAUCAUUAAGUUUCAUAGCGCAGCAAUUACUAAAGGUGAAAAUAGUUUCCAAAAGUUUGGGUCUUUUCCUCCCUCUUUUUUCUUUUCUUUUCCCAUCAGAGCUGUUAAGCUGUCAGUGUAUUCAAUGACAUUUUGCACAUUUAAGUGUUUCUGAAUUUUGUUCCAACUUUUGAAGGAGAAAAGACACCAAUUUCUAACACUGCCAGGUCGCUGCUCGACUGUGUCCUUCAGCACCACAUCGACAUGGUUGGUUAACACUGCCAGGGAUGGAGACCCCAGCAUUGCCCUGGGCAGCCUGUUCCAGGGCUUGACAACCCUUUUGGCUAAGAAAAUUUUUCCUAAAGCCCAACCUAAACCUCCCCAUGUGCAUCUUGAGGCCAUUUCCUCUCAUCCUAUCACUUCUUAUUUGGGAGAAGAGAGCAACCCCCAUCUUCCUACGACCUCCUUUCAGGAAGUCCUAGAGAGCACUGAGGUCUCCCCUCAGCCUCUUUUUCUCCAGCAUCAUAGAAUCAUAGAAUGUCAGGGGCUGGAAGGAACCUUGAAAGUUCAUCUGGUCCAUCCUCCCUGCCAGAGCAGAUCACCUAGAGCAGAUCACACUGGAAUGUAUCCAGUUUUUUAAUAUCUCCAGAGGGGAAGACUCCACAGCCUCCCUGGGCAGCCUCUUCCAGUGCUCUGCCACCCUCACAGGGAGAAAAAAAUUCUUCCUCAGGUUCACAUGGAUCCUCCAAUGCCUCAACUUCCACCCACUGCCCCUUGUCCUGUCACUGAGCAAAACAACCCCAUUUCCCUCAGCUGCUCUCCAUGAGACUUGUGCUGUAGACCUUUCAACAGCUUUGCUGCUCUUCCCUGGACGUGCUCCAGCACCUCAAUGCCCUUCCUGUAGUAAGAUUCCCACUAUGAUUGAAAGACAGAAGAGAGGGUAUUUAUAGCUGGCACCCUGUGCAGUUUUUUGGGGUAUCUUCCAGCUCUCACCUACUGUUCCUAACAGUCAUUGCUGUCCAUAAUAACCACUUCUGUGCAUGAGAUUUUCUAGCAAUGGUGCUUGCCUGGAGUUGCCAGGCAUCUAUUUCAGAGUAAUCUACGUUUCAAGCAGAAAUUAACACCUGGCUAUGCUUUGGUGAGAGCACUUUGUAGAGCUCUGGUGCAGGCUCUUGGGUCCUGACACUGAGGAUCCUCUCUGUACAGCAUAUCACUGUCAGCUGAUCAGAAAGGCUCAUGUCUUUUUCAAUUCUACCUCCUUUUAAGACUUUGGACAUCAAGAGUUAUUCCACAGAAAUAGUACUGUGAUCAGCAAAAGCUUGAGUGGUAGGCAUGCCCCUUUCAAAAUGGACCUGGAGGAAGUUACCUUGUUCCCAGCAGCAGAGUCUGUUGUGAAAUGGCUUUUCAGGCACUGCAUGUUGCAGGAGGGUUGAGGUUAACCAUAGAGGAUGAGCUCUCCUGUGUGGAUGUGCUGGAUACUGCUAACUGCUCUAUGGGUAAUAAUUUCAGGCUAACAGGAAGUUAAUUUAAAUCAUAUAGGAGAUGUUUUACUGAAUGAAUUUGUGGUCUUCUAUUAUUAGGGACACUUGAAACCAGAAAUAAACACCAGGCACUUUUAAUAAGAUACAUUUCAACCUACUUUAGCUUUCUGGUUUGGGGAAUGUUACUUUUUAUGGAAGCCCCCAGGGUUAAGAACAAGUUAAACCAAGGCAAAUAACUUUAUGUUGGGAAGUGUAAGGAAGGUGCUUUCUGUAUUCCACUGUGACAGUUGCCACUGUUACCCGUUUCACCUAGGAAUGGAUUGUUUGCAUUUCCUUAAGGUCAUCUGCACCCACAGUGGUUACAAACAUGUGGGAGUUGCUGGCCAAGGGGGAGGUUUCAUUCCUUUUCUGCCUGUAUGUGCUGAUGGGACACUGGAUUGGUACAUAUGAACAGCACUAGAAGGGUGUUUCUUCAGAACCUCCUGUGGCACAGUUGCUGUUCUAAUGCCACUUCUGUCCAUGUUCUCAUUAAAGCCAUGUGCAGAAUUUGAUGGUAAAGACCUUGCAUCAUACAGCACUGAACAACUUCCAGCUCAGAAGCUGAGAGCUCUUGGGGUCAGGUGUAAAAUGAAACCCACUUUAUUUUUUCCCCUUAAAUUGGCAGCUGGUGCUUAAUUAUCAGCUAGUUGAAAAUCAGAUCUGAACAGCAUUAUUCACAAAAGAAUUUGCUGGUCUCCUUGGCUAGGUAAUAUUUAGGUUUUUUUAAUAUGAAUCUAUAUUUGGUUUGCUUUGGAAGUUCAUCUCCAAAAUCGGUGAAUACUGGCUCUGGGAAAAAAGAAUUCUAGUGUUUUUUGUCUUUGGCCUCAUUUUAACAUGCAUUUGAAUUAGCACCAGUGUGGAAAUUCAGGAUCUCACUUCCUGAAAGCUAAAGAAAACUUCUAGAAGCUAACCCAGAUGAUCAGCUAAUAAUGACCUGCUGUUUCCUGCCCUAAGACAGCAUUAGAUGUGUCCUUUACAGAGGGAAUUAAUCUUGGGCAAAGGAACUAAGGCUCUAUGAAGGCUGACAGUGACAUCAUUUUCCUGAGAGACAAGGAAAUGAUAACUCAACACAUUCUUUCAGUUUUUCUCAGUCUGGGAUUCCUCUAAAUGUCAGGUUUUGGAAAGAGAGGUAGCAGCGUGUGGGUAACUGCCAUGCUGAUGCUCCAGCAAUUCACUGACUUUAUUGGCAGAAGGAAAACAAUUCAUUUUCAAAGUUAACAGAUCCAGUGUUAAGUAUGGUUGAAAUUCUAGGAACUUGGUUCUCAGAUCAGCAGCUGAGGCUGAAAUUGUUUCUGUGAGCGUAGCCUUCCCGUGGUGGUACUGGUGAGGUGUGUGGGUAAUCCACUCACCCUGACACAGAGGGACUUGACUCUUUUUCUUAAGCUGUAGAAAGUCACUUCAGGUUUGAAAGCCAGGUGGUGAGGGUUAGCUCUUGCUCAUUCUCUCUCUCUACAUCUGAGCAGGUCAGUAAAAUAACUGCUUGCCACCUCUGUCCUCCAGCUGAGUGUCACUUCAAAACCUCCUAUGGAGUGUGCAAUGCCCCCAAGCCCCAAACCCCUUCAUUUUGAGCAGACUAUGCAAGCAUGUUGAGAAGCAGUGCUAUGUGUUGACCCAUAAAAAAAGAGUUCCCAGUUUCCAUCACAAAAAUUAAAGGGACCUCUGAGCUCAUGCAGAGAUUAUUUGGAGGCUAUUUAAGGUAAGGAAAUGCUAAUAUCCAGCUCUCAUACUUAAUGAGUAUUAUAAAAACCUUCUAUUGAUUAUCCAUGACCUGAAAAAAAAAUGUAACAGCUCAAUUUUAAUUAGAUCUGGUUAGGAAUGGAGCUAUAGAGAUUCUGUCCCUUGUGAUGGGGGUUGUGGGAGAGCAGCUGCAUCUGUGUGUUGCACAGAAGCUGGAGGGGUUGCGUGUGCUGACUGGGGACGCAAAUGUUAUCUUUGGGGAGAAAAGAGGGAGAGGGACAAGGACAGGAACAGAAUUAAUUUCAGCUAGUGACAACCAAGAGCUUUGAGGCUGGGGGAGGGUGUAAAUGCUUUUCCUCUUGAGCCUGGCUGAGAUAGUUGGUGGCUUCUGUUAGCAGUUCUUUCCUAUACCCUUGGCAUAGGCAUGACCUAUGAUUAUACAAAUGUCUCAUUGGAUAGAAAACCUCAUUGGCAGCUCCUAUCAUUUUUUCCCUGUGGAAAUCUAUUUGAGGAGUGUGAUGCUUGAGGCCUCAAGCUGCAGCUCUGCUGUUUUCUCAAUCCCAGGACAGUCUGGCUAAGCAGGUGAAAUGGUGUUUGUCUGUCUGUUCACGGGCUGUAGUUCACUGCCUCCCUAGAACCACUGUGUUAAUGCCUAUUGUGAUGUCUGCUGUGUCUUAAUGCUACACUGAGAAAACCUGUUUGAAUGUGACUUUUUUUUUUGCAUAGAAUCAGAAUUGUCUGUAUUAAAAUGUAUUUAUAAAAGAAAAUAAUCUAUUUUUUGUGCAAGGAAAGUAGGAUUCUAAUUAAUAUACCAUUGGGAGAACAUUAGAAACAUUUAUAUCAAGAUCAUUUAUAAUUCUUUGUAUCUUGUUAGUUACCUGAUGUGUUUCCUAGAAGAACAUCCACUGUGGCCCAUUCAGUGGCAAUGCAAUGCACUGUCAUGCAGAGAAAUCUGGUUUUCAGAAAACUGAGAGUCUUUUGUUUCCUUUUGGGACAGUAGGAAACUGAGGAGGCAGCCAAGAGAAAAAAGGGAACCUUGGCACCAGCUCCACUUCUGUGGCUUUGGCUCCAGUAACUAGUCUGUUUGACUUGUCUGCAGAUAGAUCAAUAGUGAGAGCAAAGAUUGAGACUUCAGGAUAAAGGAAAUGAAAUGCUACAACUUUAUUAGUCUUCCUAUAAGAGGAGAGAAGUAAAAUUAAUUUAUACAAGAAUGAAAUAGGGAGUACACUUGCUUAAAAUUAUUUAAUAUUGGCAGCUUAGUUGUAAAUGUGCAUACUAGGGACUAUGCUUAACUUUUUCCAUUACCUUGGAAAAUGGUUCCAAACAUGUCACUUUCAUUAGCAAGUGGUUCUUCUUCUGUAACAAACUGCAAACAUGUACAAAAGAAACAACCCCAAAACCUAAAUAAAUUAUUGAUCCUAGAAA